AAACUGAGUCUGCAGUUCUACAUUAGUCCACACGGUGGCACUGCGUCUCCUCUGGAUCGGUGUGAACAGAGCAGCUGGAGGCUCUACAAACUAAAUCUCACGGCAAAUCCUUUUAGCUGACUUGGCUUGACUGAUCUCUGCGGGACGUUUCAGGAAAUGCAGCAGGUGGAGGAGCGGGAGGAGUCAGCCGCGGAGUGCCGUGAGUGUCUGUGGACCUCCACGGAGACCUACCGUCAGGUGUGCCGGGGGUGGGGGGCAGGUGCCGCCGCCCGCGGUCACCUUUGACACGUUUGACCCCGUGUAUAUUUUGGUUAGCGUCCCUGGCUAGCUUAAGGGCCGUCUUGGAGUCGGACACGACAGCAACUACUGCCUUCCUGAACACCUGUCCAUUCAUUCAGGUCAAGUGCCGUCAUGGAUGACAGCGAGGCAAACGUAAAGGUCGCGGUUCGAGUGCGACCCAUGAACAGGAGAGAAAAAGACUUGAAGACAAAGUGCGUGGUGCAAAUGGAAGGAAACCAGACAAUUCUGCGUCCGGCCAUGACUAACCUGAAUCAAGGAGAUCCUCGAAAUCAACCAAAGGUUUUUGCAUUCGAUCACUGUUUCUGGUCCAUGGAUGAAUCCCAGAAAGACAAGUUUGCAGGUCAGGACGUGGUGUUCCAGUGCCUUGGAGAGAGCCUGUUGGACAAUGCCUUCAUGGGCUAUAACGCCUGCAUCUUUGCGUAUGGACAAACUGGUUCUGGGAAGUCGUACACCAUGAUGGGCUCCAGCGAGCAGCCCGGCCUGAUCCCUCGCCUCUGCAGCUCCCUGUUCAGCAGGACUGUGAAGGAGGCCCGCGAGGGAGAGACCUUCACCGUGGAGGUUUCCUACAUGGAGAUCUACAAUGAGAAAGUCCGCGACCUUCUCGACCCCAAAGGGAGUCGACAGACUCUGAGGGUGAGGGAGCACAACGUUUUGGGGCCUUACGUCGACGGCUUGUCUCGUCUGGCUGUGACUAGCUACAAAGAUAUAGAGUCUCUGAUGUCAGAGGGCAACAAGUCUCGCACGGUGGCAGCGACAAACAUGAAUGAGGAGAGCAGCAGGUCGCACGCCGUGUUCAUCAUCGUCCUCACGCACACCCUCAUGGACCUGCAGUCCGGGACGAGUGGCGAGAAGGUCAGCAAGCUGAGCCUGGUGGAUCUCGCCGGCAGUGAGCGAGCGGCAAAGACCGGCGCAGCAGGAGAGAGGCUGAAAGAGGGCAGCAACAUCAACAAGUCCCUCAGCACCCUGGGUUUAGUUAUCUCAGCCUUGGCUGAUCAGGGAGCAGGAAAGAACAAGAGCAAGUUUGUUCCUUACAGAGACUCUGUGCUCACCUGGCUGCUUAAGGACAGUCUUGGAGGAAACAGCCGGACCGCCAUGGUCGCCACGAUCAGCCCGGCAGCAGACAACUACGACGAAACGCUUUCCACCCUGCGCUACGCCGACAGGGCCAAGAGCAUCGUCAACCAUGCCGUGGUGAACGAAGAUCCCAACGCCAGGAUCAUCCGGGAACUCCGAGAGGAAGUGGAGAAGCUGAGGGAGCAGCUGACUGUAGCUGAGUCGAUGAAGGCUCCAGAGCUGAAGGACCGGCUGGAGGAGUCGGAAAAACUCAUUCAAGAAAUGACCGUCACCUGGGAGGAGAAACUCAGGAAGACUGAAGCUGUUGCACAGGAGCGGCAGAAGCAGCUGGAGAGCCUGGGCAUCUCGCUCCAGUCGUCAGGCAUCAGAGUUGUAGAUGACAAGUGUUUCCUGGUGAACCUCAAUGCUGAUCCAGCCCUCAAUGAGCUUCUGGUCUACUAUCUAAAAGAGCACACGCGUGUGGGCUCAGCCGACUCACAGGACAUCCAGCUGUGCGGGAUGGCCAUCCACGCCGAGCACUGCGUCAUCGACGUCACGGAGAGCAGCGGCGUGAUGCUCACGCCACACCGCAACGCUCGGACGUGGUUGAACGGCGUUGCAGUCACCAGUCCAGUGCAGCUUCACCAUGGUGACAGGAUUCUAUGGGGAAACAACCACUUCUUCAGGAUCAGCUUGCCCAGGCAUAUGGCCCAAACGGGGAAAGAGGACGAGGCUGGAGCGGCGCUGAAGACCUGCCUGAGCACGGAUAAGCUGGAGUUGGAUUUGGAUGCGCUCAGCGACGUGUCGAGUGAACUGAGCUUCGGCUUUGAGUUUGCCCAGAGGGAGGUCAUGAUGAAAGGCAUGGGCAGCAAUGACCCCUUACAGUCAGUGUUACAGACUUUGGAGAGGCAGCACAAAGAGGAGAAACGCUGCGCCCUGGAACGCCAGAGGCUGCUGUACGAGCACGAACUGCAGCUGCUCCGUCAGCAGCUCACCCCAGAUAAAUCCCCCCACUUCCGGGAUGCAUCAGGGCUCCCUGUCGGUGCGUCCGCAUCUACGACAUCGUUAGGCCCUCAGAAGCGCGUGCGGCGCUGGAGUGAAGACAGAGAGGCCAUGAUGACUCGCAGCCUCCUCCGUCUGAGGGAGCAGAUCGUUCGGGCCAAACAGUUGGCCCAGGAGGCCAGCUUCAUUGCUGAGGAACUCAACAAGAAGACGGAGUAUCAGGUGACUCUGCAGAUCCCUGCAGCCAACCUGGAUGCUAACAGGAAGAGAAAUGCCGUCCUAAGUGAGCCGGCCAUCCAGGUCCGGCGUAAAGGCCGAGGCAAGCAGAUCUGGGCUCUGGAGAAGCUGGAGAACCGCUUGGUGGACAUGAGGGAGCUGUAUCAAGAGUGGAAGGACUGCGAUGAAGAUAAUUCUGUGAUGCGGUCCUACUUCAAACGGGCCGACCCGUUCUUUGAUGAGCAGGAGAACCACAGUCUGAUUGGAGUGGCCAACGUUUUCCUGGCUUGCUUGUUCUACGACGUCAAGCUGCAGUAUGCAGUGCCCAUCAUCAACCAGACAGGAGAGGUGGCGGGACGUCUGCACGUUGAGGUUUGGAGAGGCACGGAGGACGAAGGCCCCGGACGUCUUGACGAUCUGCUGAGCACUAAUGGAGACUCUCAGGAGCGCAAACUCAACUGUGUGGUAAAAAUCCUCCAGGCCACAGGUCUCCCUCGCCACCUCUCCAACUUCGUCUUCUGCCAGUAUCAUUUCUGGGGGCAGGAGGAUCCUGUGUUCACGGCCCCUGAGGUGACGCCGUCCAGCUCCUCAUCAGCAACAGCAGCUUCCAAAGACCCUCAGUGCAAUGUGGUCUUCGACUCUUCCACGGAGUUUUCUCUUCCCGUGUCGGAGGAUUUUGUGGAGUUUUUGGCUGAGGGGUCGGUGGCUAUUGAAGUGUACGGCCACAAGCAGGCCAACUACCGCAGGAACCUGGCACUGUGGGAUCUGGGAGUGAUCCAAGCCAAGACCAGAUCCCUCAGAGAGAGGUGGAGCGAGGUGACCCGACAUCUGGAGCUGUGGGUGCAGCUGAUGGAGCUGAACGAGGCGGGGGAGUUCACACCUGUGGAGGUUCUUCCUGCCGGUGACGUCCGCACAGGAGGAAUCUUCCAGCUGAAACAGGGUCAGUCCCGGCGGAUCCGGGUGGGAGUUCAUUCGGUACCCGACUCUGGCACCAUGCCUCUCAUCACAGCCUCCAUCCUGUCUGUGUCUGUCGGGGAUGUUAGAGUUCAACGAGUGCGUCAAGGCAAAAGUAACCCACAGAUGGAUGAAGACAUGGACAGCUACCAGGAGGUGGACCUGGAGAGGAUGAGGCAACAUUGGCUGGACAUGAUGACUCAGAGGCAGGAGUAUCUGGACCAGCAGCUGCAGAAGACGGUCUCUAAAGCAGACAAGUCAGAGGAUGACGUUGAGCGGGAAUCCCAGCUGUUGGAGUGCCGUCUGACCCUCACAGAGGAACGAAACGCUGUUCUGGUGCCGACGGCUGGCAGUGGCAUCCCCGGAGCGCCAGUUCAAAGAGUUCCUGUUCCAGGGAUGGAAACUCAUGUUCCUGUGCUGUUCUUGGAUCUCAGUGCUGAUGAUUUCCAGUCCAGUUUGUCGGCUCCACUGGCUGGAGGACUCGAUGCGUUGCUCAACGAGGAAGAUGAUGACGACUUCAUUGAACUGCAGAUUGUUAAACACUAUGAUCCAGAGGUGAAGGUGGAAGCAUCCUGGGACUCCACGAUCCACGACUGCCCCCAGCUGAGCCGAGCGGGCUCGGCUGACCAGAGGGUGUACCUGACGGUCCGCGCCAUGGUGCAGCUGAGCCACCCGGCCCACAUGCAGCUACUUCUCAGGAAGCGCAUUUGUGUGAACGUCACAGGGAAGCAGGGUUUCGCCCAGAGUUUGCUGAGGAGGAUGUCUCAUCGCAGUCACAUCUCCGCCUGUGGAGUCACCUUUGAAAUCGUUUCCAACAUCCCAGGUGACUUCCAUGGUCCAGAAGACAGGGAAAUGCUGGCCCGGCUGGCUGCCAGCGCCGAGGACGACCAGUCGGCCGACAGCGACGCAGCCAUAGAAAAAUACCUGCGCAGCGUAUUGAGUGUGGAAAACAUCCUCACGCUGGACAGACUCAGACAGGAAGUGGCUGUGAGGGAACAACUGCCAGUCAGAGGAAAAGCUUCCCUGAGCUCUCCGGACGUCCACCGGCUGUUUAGCAGCAAUCUGGAUCUGCGCACCUCUACUUAUAAACUCAGUAACUUAAAGGCCUGGGACAGCCAUCAAGACCUCUGUGGACCUCCUUCAUCCAGACGCACAAACACAGAGACAACGCAUUCAGGUUUCGCCUUGUCUUAUCUCCCUCCAGUGACAGCUGUACCCAGGCUGCUGAAGUCCUUGCUUCCUGGUGGGAAGGGUGAUGGUGGAGAUCAGACCUCUGCCCAUCAGCAGGUUUGUUGUUCCGAGGCAGACAGGGCUAGGAUAGAUGUGUUUGACCUGCUGGCUGGUCUAGAACCGCUCCUCCACAGUUUGCCUCGUAUCGUGGUGCAGUCAGCCAGCAUGGAGGAGGACCUGAGCAACCAGCAGCAGCAGCAGCCAGUUCCCGUCGAGGAGUCAAUCCCCGCUGACGUCCCAACAGAGAACCACACCUCUGUCCCCCUCCCACCCCCCAUAAUCCCAGACGUGGACGACCUCUCCUCCUGCCUGGUGAGCGACAGCGGCUACAUGUCGACCAGUGUUUCCACGGCGACGCUGUCUGACGUCUACACUCUGAGCUGGGACCUGCCCCCCUCCUGCGGUGGCAAGGCUGGGGACUUUGAGGAGGAGCCGGAUGAAGAGGAGAUGGGACGUGGGAUGGAGAAGCUGUCGGCUGAUUCACCUGAGCCUGGGGAGUCAGAAGUCGGCUGUAGUAGUGAGACAGCGGAGGCGGAACAGACAAACACUCAGAGUGGUCAAGAAGUCCAGGUGACAGAAGCAGAUGAGGCGACAGAAGUAGCUCUUCAGGAUGAACAAAAUAGCUGCUUGACAACAGAUCAGGCAGCCUCAGAGCAGUUUGAUCAUGUAGAGAAGCACAAAGAGCUGCUAGAAGAACAGACUCACCACUCUGAGCCAGAACAUCAUGAAACUCUGCAGGAGUCUAACCAAGAAGAGGCGGGUCCUAACAGCACGAUUCCUGUCCCUGAAGGCCCAACUCCAGAUCGAGAGCUUCCUCAGGCUCCACCUGAAGGACAAUCGAAGUUUGAUACCUCCAACCCAAGCAGCACCUCCCUCCAAGCUUCAGUCUCAGAGGAAAUAGCAUCCUCUGAUUCUUUUGCCAAAGCUGAUCCUCCUCAGACUGCAAAAGCUGCCUCAUCAGCAGCCAACCCCUUCAAGAUCCAGAAAGUCAAGUCUCAAGACCUCAAGUCCUUCCAGCAGAUAGUGGGUGAGGAGGUGGGUAAGCUUGCACCGGUGGACCGGGCCAGCAGCUUGGGGACCGGCCUCAACCUCUCAGUGCCAAUAACCAAUCUGGAAAUAAUCUCUGACUCGGAUGAGGGAGACGAAGAUGCUUCAGCUGCUCUUCCUGAUUGGUUGAAGGAAGGGGAGUUUGUUACUGUUGGGACCAAUAAGAGCGGGACGGUCCGGUACGUCGGACCCACAGAUUUUGCCAAGGGGACUUGGAUUGGAGUUGAACUUGAGGUACCAGCAGGAAAGAACGACGGCUCCGUGGGCGGGAAGCAUUACUUCCACUGCAACCCAGGCUACGGAGUGCUGGUCAGGCCUGACAGGGUGACCCGGGGCGGAGCCAAGCGCCGUCGCCAGCAGCAGAAACGCAGCAGCGCCAGCCUCUCUGGGUCCAACCCCAACCUCACCGCCCUCACGGCGCUGGCUAAAGGUGAGGCUGUGGCGCUGGGCCGCAAGAAAGGAGAGAACCGCAAGUCAUGGAACACUUGAUGAACGCCGUAUGGACUUCUCUAUUUAAAAGGACUUUUCCAGAUUGAGAGCUUCAGAAAACAGGAUUUAUUUAACAGACAUGGGAGAAAACAUUUCCCCUACUUUUAAUUUAAAAAUCUGAUUUUAUUUAUUCCCGUCUUUUUAAGGACGAAGCCUCAAACUACAGUUUUAUUUUAUGGCCUAAACUUUAAGUAUUUUUUCACUAAAGCUUUUAUAGGCUUGCCACUUUAAUCGGAAUCAUCUGCUUUUUUUUUUAAAUAUAUAUAUAAAAAUGUGCCUUAAAGUGUUUCUUUAAUGAAUCAGAUGUUGGUUUUAAUCCACCAUCAUUCCUAAAUAAAUUCUCCUCAACUUUU